AUGAAGACCACAUUUUACAUGUGUUUGCUACUGGUUGGGCUUCAUGCUACUUCCCAUGGUCAGCUCCCUCCCAACCACAACGGACACGAUCCAAAUGAAUCCAAGCACCAUGCACAUCAUGCAGGUGAAGUGAUGACUUGCCUCAAACUAGUGCCAAACAAUGCUGACUUUGCAUUUCAAUUUUUUAAAGAGGUUACACUGGAGACACCUAACAAGAACAUUUUCUUCUCUCCUGUAAGCAUCUCCACCGCCUUUGCAAUGCUGGCCUUUAGUGCUAGAUCUGCCACUCAGACUCAGAUCCUGGAAGGACUUGCCUUUAACCUUACAGAGAUGCAUGAGAAAGAUAUACAUGAAGGCUUCCACCAUCUCAUCCACAUGCUGAGCCAUCCUGAGAGUGAGGUCCAGCUCGACGUAGGAAAUGUCAUGUUUCUGACAGAGAAGCUGAAACCACUAAAAAAGUUUUCAGAUGAUGCCAAAGCUCUGUAUCAAAUGGAUGUUUUUACUGCUGACUUCAACAAUCCUGCAGAGGCUGAGAAGCAAAUCAAUGAUUAUAUAGAGAGGAAAACACAUGGGAAAAUUACCAGUUUGGUCAAGGACAUAGAUCCACAGACCAUAAUGCUUCUGGCAAGCUUCAUUUUCUUUAAAGGCAAGUGGGAAAAGCCUUUUAAGCCAGAGCUCACUGAAGAAAGAGAGUUCUUUGUGGAUGAGGAAACAGCUGUGAAAGUCCCUAUGAUGCACCAAACAGGCAUAUUUGACUUCUAUUUCGAUGAGAAGCUGCCUUGCACCGUGGUACGGCUUCAUUACAAUGGGAGUGCUACAGUGUUCCUAGUUCUGCCAGAGAAGGGAAAAAUGGGGCAUCUAGAACAAACUCUGGUCAAGGAAAAUGUCCGUGAGUGGUCAGAAAAUCUCUUCCAGAGGAUGAUAAGCCUGUACUUGCCCAAAUUUUUUAUCUCUGGAAGCUAUGAGAUAAAGAACACCCUGAAGAAGAUGGGAAUUAUUGAUGUGUUCACUGACAAGGCAGAUCUGUCUGGCAUCACUGGAGCCCCAGAGCUGAAGGUUUCUAAAGUUGUCCAUAAGACCGAGCUGGAUGUUGAUGAGGGAGGUACUGAGGCGGCAGCAGCAACUGCUGCUGAAAUAAUGACCACUUCUCUUCCUCUGACCAUUGAAUUCAACCAUCCCUUCCUCAUGCUGAUUUUUGAUAGAGCUACAAACAGUACACUCUUCAUAGGAAAAAUAGUUAACCCCACUGAACAUUAG